AGUGCAAAACAAGGUCGAAGGUUCUCUGUUUAUCUGGUAUUAUGUACAGUACAUUUUAAAUGUAUAUAACUCGAUUGUAAUUAUUUUGCUAAAUACGAAUGUCACAGUGUCCUGAGAACAAACGUUAGUUUCAAAAGCCUAGUUUGUCCGGCUAAUAAUUAAUAUAAAAAUUUAAAGUCGGGUAGAAAAUGGCACCAAAAGUUGACAGAAUUCUAGAAAAUUUUGUUUUGGGAGAAGGUCCACAUUGGGACAUAACAACACAAAGUCUGUAUUUGGUAGAUAUUUUCGAAAACAGUAUUCACCGAUAUGAUCCUGUUACAAAUAGUCACCACAAAGCUGUUAUAGAUGGCAACAGCGUUUCGCUUAUCAUACCCGUGGAGGGAAAACAGAAUUAUUAUGUAAUUAGUAUAGGUAAUGAACUUGUUCUUAUUGUUUGGGAUGGAACAAGCAAUAAAGUAACAAAAUUGGAAAAAUUGGUCGGAGUUCCGGACAACCAAGUCCGUUUCAAUGACGGCAAAGCUGACCCCACGGGUAGAUUAUGGGCGGGAACCAUGGCCAUAGAAACUCCGAACGGGGAUAUCCCGUCAAACAAAGGGUCAUUCUAUUCUUUUGAAAAAGCUCAACUUAAGAAACACAUAGAUGAAGUGCACAUUUCUAACGGAUUAUCAUGGAAUCCCAGUUUAAAAAAAAUGUACUACAUAGAUUCUGGUAGACGAACUGUCGAUCAAUUUGAUUACGACCAACAAAAUGGCACAAUCAGCAAUCGCCAAACAAUAUUCACGUUUGGCAAGCAUAACAUUCCGGGUUUCCCAGAUGGUCAAACCAUUGACUCUGACGGCAAUUUGUGGGUUGCUGUGUUCCUCGGUUCAAGGGUUAUUAAAAUUGACCCCAGAAAACCUGAAACCUUGCUAGAAACUAUCGAGAUUCCCGCUUUACAAGUAACGUCUGUAGCAUUCGGUGGUCUAAAUCUUGAUGAACUUUAUGUUACCACCGCUCGUGUUACACAACAGGGCAGAACUUUAGAACCUCCUGUACAUGGAGGCUUAUAUCGAGUUACUAAUACUGGAUCAAAAGGGUUACCAUCAAACAAAGUUAAACUUUCUAUAUAAUCAUCAACUAACGACACAACUUUUUAACUUUAGAAACAAUAAAAACAAUUUUCUUUUUAAUA